ACCAUAUUCCAUUUUCUAAAGCCGCAAUUUUUCAAUUGGCUAAUACGUUUUCUGAGAAAGCUGAUAUCCAAAGUCUCUGCGUCUUUGUUAAGGCGUUUAAUUCUACCAACAAAUGGGGGAUUCAAACAAUCUUGAAGAAUCCUUGAAACCCUUUUACCAGAGAGCUUCUGAGGCUGAGGAACGAUUGGCGAGACUUGAAAUUUCAGUUUCUACCAAGACAGAUCCUAAAAACGAGGAAUUAGAGAGGACAGUUGCUGAACUCCAGUCAAAGCUGAAAGAUGUCACAGCUGAGCUCGAAGCAGAACAAGAAAAGGGAAAUAAACAGGUCGAACAACUUACUUCAGAGAAUGCAAAGCUCAAAUAUCGUAUCAAACAUCUAGUUCGAUCGCUAGAGGAGGUUCUUAGCAAGUUGUCAUCGAAGUGAGGUUAUUUUUUCCUGAAGCAGGAUGAUAUCUCUGUUACUUCAAAUAUUGCAUGUUAGCAAAGGAGUUAGUUUAAACUGUUGAUUCUUAUGCAUGAGUUUGAAUUAAAAGGGUUAAAUUUAAGUGUGAAAAUUACUUGUAAAAAAAGGUUAAGUUUAAUAUGCUGUUAGUUAGUUUAUUUUUCUACUA